ACCGAGAAGAACAAGGAAGGAGAAGGAGGAGAGGAAGAAGAAGAAGCGGAAGAAGAGGGAAACAGUCAGUCUUCUUCUUCUCUGCUGUGACUCUGAUCCUCUCUAAUCUCUCAUGCGGAGCUCUGGGGGUUCCGGAGGUUCGGGUCUGUCGGGUCUGUGCCGGGUCACGGAUCACCUGUACCUGAGCAGCCGCAGGUCCGCCCUGGACUCCUCUCAGGUGAGUCUCUGUAGGAUCACCUGUAUCGUGAACGUGAGCGAGUCCAGGUCCAGGUGUGCUCCGCCCGCAGGUGUGGAGGACUACCUCCACCUCCCGGUCCCGGACUCCCCUCUCUCCCCGAUCUGGAUCCACUUUGACCCGGUGUCGGACCUGGUCCAGAGGACUGCGGAACGCGGGGGUCGGACUCUGCUGCACUGUGAGGCCGGGAGGAGCCGAUCCGCGACCCUCUGCGCCGCCUACCUGAUGAAGUACCGGGACCUGACCCUGCUGGAGGCCCACACCUGGAUUAAGACUUGCAGACCCACCGUCAGACCUAAUCCCGGGUUCUGGAGACAGCUGAUCCGGUACGAGGCCGAACUGAGGGGGUCCAACUCGGUCCGGAUGAUGAGCUCCCCCCUGGGAGAAAUACCGGACAUCUACGAGGACGAGACCCGGGACAUGGUCCCACUGUGAUAAUCUGAGAUUAAAGGUUCUAAAGGUGAUAAUCUGAGAUCAUAUUUACUGAGAUUAUAUAAACUGAGGUUAAAUACUGAGAUUAAAUACAGACAUCUAUGAGGACGAGACCCGGGACAUGGUCCCACUGUGAUAAUCUGAGAUUAAAGGUUCUAAAGGUGAUAAUCUGAGACUAUAUUUACUGAGAUUAUAUAAACUGAGAUUAUAUAAACUGAGGUUAAAUACUGAGAUUAAAUACAGACAUCUAUGAGGACGAGACCCGGGACAUGGUAUCACUCUGAUAAUCUGAGAUUAAAGGUUCUAAAGGUGAUAAUCUGAGAUCAUAUUGACUGAGAUUAUAUAAAGUGCUACAGUUAUUAUUUACGGAUUAUCCAUCUAUAUUUUACUCUCAUAUUUUUGUUGGUUUGUAAAGACAGACAGAUGGACAGAGAUCAACUGUUUCCAUGGAGAUUUUCUAUAUGAGGACCAAAAUCACUGACUGUCCCUUUAAUCUGAGAGUCACUCUCAUGUUCUCCAGACUCUGAGCUUCAUAAAAAGGUCUGAUUUCGAACUUUAGAUCUGCAGACUGUUUAAGAUUUAAUCCCAGUUUAAACCUGCAGCCUGUCUCAGUACUCCGUUUAAUCUCAUUUUAAUCCCCGAAGUUUAAUUUUAAUCCCUGAAUUUUUACCUUAAUCCCUAAAAUUUUAUCUUAAUCCCUAAAGUUUCAUCUUAAUCCCUGAAGGUUCAAUUUAAUCCCUGAAGUUUAAUCCUAAUCCCUGAAAUUUAAUCCUAAUCCCUGUCCGUGUUGACUGUCCACAGUCUGAUAAUUAUGUCACUUUAACUGUUUCUCUUUCUUCGCCUUUUUUCAGUCGGGAUUUUUUCGUCUGCUGCUGAAAUUUUCCAGAAAAGAAAAACUAAAAACUCUUUCAGCCUCUGAACCGACCCGGACAUGGAGCUGCAGAGGUCCAACACAUGUGGAGGUUCUGGUUCUGGUCCGUUGGACUUUAACAUUUUAUAUCCUGUUUUUAAUUUUUAUUCAAUAAAGGAAGAAAGUUUUUAUUCAAA